GCAGGGAUAAAAUAAUUGACUACAUUAGAUGUUCGCGCGAACUUAGGGUCCACUUUGAAGAUUUUAAGAGGUUACGGGGUGUGAUGACACCGCCAUCCAAAGAUACGAAGAUUAAGUUGCAAUUCUAUAUUAAGCACUUUUUUUAUUCCCCAUGUAGGCAGACGAGUAUACGGCCCACCUGAUGGUGAGUGGUUAUCGUCACCCAUGGACUUCAGCAGUACCAGGGGCAGAGCCAAACCGCUGCCUACUGUUGAAAGCCAUCUGCAAUUCUGAUUACGAAAAUUGACCCAAAAAUAGGAUAUUUCGUUUGGACAAUAAUUUGUAAUUUGACACUGUUAACAUCAAUCAGCUUAUAGAUUCGAGUUUAUUUAUCUCGCGAGGAUCUUCAUGCUUGUCGGACUGUACGCUGCAGGCUUACCGCACGACAGAGCUAAGUUGAGCAUAAGUGACAUCUUCGAUACGGCCUUGCCAAUUCUACACCCACUUAUAGCGGCUGGAUCGAACAGAUGCGAAACUUUAAAAAGCUUCUUUGGCUUAACUUAUCAGCAAAUGUUGGAGAAAAACGCCACAGUAGAAGAACUAUCAAUCGAUUUGAUUACGAAGAACGGAAAUAUUAAGUAUAAUCUUACAGCCACUUCGAGACUGAAGAGGUCUUUGGGCAGCGACAAACAAAUUAUCGUAUUAGUACACGGCUUUAGGGAAAGCUCUGAUGGAUGGAUGGUCGGAGGCGUAGCACCGGAAUUACUCAAAGUCGCGGGUUUGAAAAUCCUUGCUUUGGAUGGAAGGAAAAUUAUCAAUUUGGAGUAUUUCAGAUCAUCAACUUAUACAAGGUUUAUGGGAGAGCAAUUAGGGUUAUUUUUGAGUGAAAUAAUUAAGGAUGGUGUGGAUCCAAUGAAAAUAUACCUGAUCGGUCAUAGCCUUGGGUCGCACAUUGCCGGGAUUGCCGGAAAAAAAGUUCAGCAGCAAACUGGGCGGCUUGUCGGUCGGAUCACGGCUCUGGACCCUGCCGGGCCGUGCUUCGGUAACGUAGACCCGUCCGGCAGGAUCAGUCGCCAGGAUGCGGUGUACGUCGAUGUCAUCCACACUAACGCUGGCCUACUGGGACUGAAAGAGCCUGUAGGUGAUAAGGACUUUUACCCAAAUGGGGGCAUGACUCAGCCCGGCUGUAUUCUGUCAACCUGCGAUCACAGCAGAGCUUGGGAGUUCCUUGCGGAGUCUGUGAAUUCAGCAAAACAUUUUCCAGCAAGGAAAUGCGAGAAUUGGACAUCGUUCAAAGGAGGUUUCUGUUCUAAGAAUUCGGUAUCGUAUAUGGGACUGGAAUCUAAGGCCGGUGAUCCCGGGCUGUAUUUCUUCACAACUGCCGCAUCAUCACCGUUCGGGCUAGGACCAACUGGUAGCGGAUGAAGUUUUAUUUUAAUUUACAUUAAAUAACAAUUAAAUACGUUCUGAUAA